CAAGCUCUUUCCCUCAUUGCACACACAAAAGCACAAGCAAUACUGUCAUCUUCCUCUUACUAUAUAACCCAAAGAGAGAGAGAGAAUGGUGAGUAGAGCAGAAGAAGCCAUGAGAGUGCAGAAACAAGAGAAAAAGAGUGAGAAUCACAGGCAAAUCACACAGUGCAACAAAGGAAAGACGAGCAGGUUCAAGCGAAGCACUUCCAAUCUCGACGGCGACGGAGUCUCCUCCGCCAUCCUCAUCCUCGCUUGCAUCGCUUCCAUCUCCCCCACCCAUAACCACCAGCACUCUUCAACGCUAUGAAACAAUCACAUCACAUGCCGCUAGAUUAACAUCGUAUCUGCUCAAGUGUUCUUCGGAAGGAAUAUGUUACAGUUUUGUUGUUAUUCGUUCAUUCUAAUAGUGUGCUUUUGUUGUUGUCGUUGAACUUUUAUUUAUAUCGGUACUUGUUCUUCUAUAUUCUAAUUGAGAAACAGUUUAUGA